CACUGAGCGCUCUGCGCGCGUGUUGCUAUUGUGCAAUCGCCGUAAGAAGUGAAGUCGUCCAUGUUCAGUACAUGCCCACAGUCUCCAUCCCUUUAUGGGUUGACAGCGAAAAAAAGGUUUCAUGUCAGUCGGUUAAAAGUCAUUGUUGCCUGUCCAGCCAAUCAUAGUUUUUGACGACACAAAAGAGGUUAAAUUUGGGGUAUAAAAAGGUGCGCGCUAAUAAAGUAUGAUGCCAAUCAGUGUGGGACAUUAAUCCAACCCCCGUUCAGUCGCGCACCGGGUCCAGCACUCAACAAGGGAUCUCUCUAAACCACGCUUCACACCUUAGAGACAAUGCAUCUGUCUCAGAUUGUGCUGUAUCUCUGCUUGCUGAUUGCUUUGGGUCCAGUAGUUCUCAGUGACCAAGAGACGCAGCAGCAGCCCUCUGCCGCCAGCCCCGUGGACACGGAGCAGUGCGCUACCUGCGAGGUCCGGCAGCAGAUUAAAACCAUGCGAUUAAACGCGAUAAAGUCACAGAUUCUGAGCAAACUGCGAAUGAAGGAAGCUCCGAACAUCAGCCGAGAUAUUGUGAAGCAGCUUUUGCCCAAAGCGCCGCCGCUGCAGCAGCUCCUCGACCAGUACGACGUGCUGGGAGAUGACAACAGAGAUGCGGUUAUGGAGGAGGACGAUGAGCACGCUACCACGGAGACUACCAUGAUGAUGGCCACUGAACCCGACCCCAUCGUGCAGGUGGACGGACAACCGCAGUGCUGCUUCUUUUCUUUUAAUCCGAAAUUUCAAGCCAAUCGCAUAGUCCGAGCGCAGCUCUGGGUGCAUCUGCGGCCGGCGGACGAGGCGACCACUGUGUUCCUGCAAAUCUCCCGCCUGAUGCCGGUCACAGACGGGGGCAGGCAGGUACGAAUCCGCUCCCUGAAGAUCGACGUGGACGCCGGGGUCAGCUCUUGGCAAAGUAUAGACGUCAAACAGGUGCUGACGGUGUGGCUGCGGCAGCCGGAGACCAACUGGGGCAUCGAGAUUAAUGCCUUCGAUUCGAGGAGAAAUGACUUAGCCGUGACUUCCGCAGAGCCAGGGGAGGAAGGACUGCUUCCGUUCAUGGAGGUGAAGAUCUCAGAGGGGCCCAAGCGCGUCAGGAGAGACUCGGGUCUGGACUGUGAUGAGAACUCUCCAGAGUCCCGGUGCUGCCGCUACCCACUCACAGUGGACUUUGAAGACUUUGGCUGGGACUGGAUUAUUGCCCCAAAGCGCUACAAGGCCAACUAUUGCUCUGGGGAGUGUGAGUACAUGCACUUGCAGAAGUACCCACACACCCACCUGGUGAACAAGGCUAAUCCCAGAGGGACCGCGGGCCCCUGCUGUACCCCCACCAAGAUGUCGCCCAUCAACAUGCUCUACUUUAACCGCAAAGAGCAAAUCAUCUACGGCAAGAUCCCGUCUAUGGUGGUGGACCGUUGCGGAUGCUCUUGAGUUGGGACCGAAAACCCAGCCAGAGAGAGACGGGGGAGGACUUUUCUUUCCGGCCCCCGACUUCAGACUAUUUGACACAACCAAUCCACCAGUUCAGAGCUUUCCUGCAGGACACGGUGCAAUAGAACCAGAGUAGAGGCCACAAGCAGCCCAAUCUUCCUGCAGAGCAGUGCUUUCACAACCUGCAUAGCUCUUACUUCUCUUUCCUCCAGUGAAAUCUUAGCCACAGAGACUCGAAGCCAGAUGGAGGCACAACAUCACAUGCCCACACAUAUGCUGGACGUCGGACUGAAUGUGGAAAGAAAUGAUCAAAGUUAUCCAAAAACAAAAAAACUACAAAAAAAAACGUCUUCUUCUGUCUCUGUGUUCUGUGCUCUGUCCAAUUUAUGCAAACAUGCCGCCUGAUUAUACUCGUACACCAUCUACUCCACACCACUCCACUCAUAACCAACCAACAGUACAAGCUAUUACGUGUUUUUGUUAAGUUUGUAGUAACGAUCUUCUGAGUUGUGCUUUCAGAGUGAAACCAGGAAUCCUCAAGGACUUGGAAAAACAUAGAUGAGAUUCUUUGAAGUGACAUUUCACACUGGCAGAACUUGUUUCAAGUACACAAGUGUUCAUAGGAUCAUAAAACCCAUAAUAGUCGUAACAUUAUAUAACGUAGCAACGUGUUUUCUUUUUCAUUUAUAAGAGGAAAUAACUUCCAAAGUGCAGGUUGUGACGUGGUGGUCGGUCACUCCUCAGAUCCUAUGUUCCACCAGGGUGAAGUAACACUAGAGGUCUUAACCAGGUCUUCACGUAUGUUCUCAUACAAACACACAACGACAAAAUACGCAACUGUUACUCUUCAGUCACAAAUCUCCACAACCCAAAACGACAGUCUGACCUGCCCAAUACACUUGAAUUAUUAUUAUUAUUCUGAUUGUAGAUCCACAUUACUGGACAGAAGGACUUGAACUGAAGGCACGAUGAAUGCAGCCUACAAAUGUGUUAAAGACAGAAAACCAGUCGUCGAGAUGUAUGAAUGUCGAGAUCAUGCUUAAACUCUGUCUUACAAACAACACAGUUUGCACUAUGGCACACCAAUAGAAAGAAUUGGUUGCUACAAAAGUUGUAAAAACUGAUUUUGAUAUGUUAAUGCUAAUUUGUAUUGUAUACCUAUGCCAUUGUUUCCAUUAGGAGUUGCCUUUCUAAACCUCUGUUGGUACAUGUAUAAAAACCACAAUGUAGCAAGAUAAAAGAUGUAAUACAGCAACUCUAUAUACUUGUUCUAACAAAUAAAGUUUUUAGCUUAUCUGUCGA